GAUCAGACAGUAAUCAGACAGACAGUCGUAAAGCAACAGCUUCAAAAUUUAAAAAAAAGAGUAAAGGCCUAAAAAAAUUAUAAAAAUGACAACUGAACCUUUCUUUGGAACCUACUCGGGUAAAUCGAAGAGUACAGAACCGUCGAUAGCGCCGGUAGACUCCUAUAAUUAUUUCGAAACGGAAGCGGUAGCAUUAAAAUCAAAGGCGCAAGUGCAACCGCAACAGCCACAGCCUCCCUGGGCGGUAUGGUGCGACCGGAACUCUAAGCCGGUGAACCGAAAAAGGCCCCGUGUGAUGCGAAAGCUGACCAAGUGGCAGAAGAACGGACCGAUGACCAAAAAGGACUGGAAGCAUUUUUGUGCCUGGGCUGCCUUCCGAGCAAGGCCCAGAGAACCGGAGCUCCAAAAACCAGCGAAACUCCCGUGCUUGGCCAAAUACCUGCCCUGCGCCCGAAAAAAGCGCCAACUGGACGAGGAUGAGAUGCGGGAAAGGAUGCUGAUGUUGGCCAAACCCCGAAAGAUCACUGAGAAGUACAAUUUGACAGACCGACCGCCAACCUACUCCCCGGCGAUCAUUUGGGGUAAACCACCGCAUCGCGAUCCCGGCAGACCCUUUGAACCACCCUACGUUCCCUGCUGUUUUCCCAACGACGAACUGGAGGGCGAAUUCUGGGCGAAUCUAAGGUUUCCCGUCCGGCAGGCAGCCCUCUUGGGCAAGGUUACGCCCCGCAUCCUGAGUCUGGCCAAACCACGGAUGUAUCCACCAUUUCCGCACUGUCCCAUUCCGGAAAAGGUACCGGAUCCGUUGGAUGUUCCGCCGCCACCAAGGAAGAAGUUCACCAACAGGGAAUGGCGACUGCACCAGAUCCGACUGAUAUAUCUAUCCAAACCGGUUACGAGAAAGGAUAUGGAUUACUUAUUUUAUAGCAUUUAACAACCUCUGCUGCUCUCUGUAUUUGUCCAAGUCGAAAUUUAUUUAUUAAAGCUUAUUCUGGACUCUA